CUGCCGCAGCUUCCGAUCGAGGUGUGGGAGAACGUGAUAAAUCAUCUUUGGGACGACCAGAACACUUUGAAGGAGUGCAGACUCGUCUGCCGAGCGUGGCUCCCUCCGAGUCGCUUCCACUUGCGUAGAUGGGUCAUGAUCAGGACUGUCAACGGUGUCAAGGCCUAUGCGAAGGUGCUGAAGCAGACACCCGAGCUGUCGAAGCGGCCGCACAAUAUGACCAUAGAGGGCAGUUUGCGCGGGGUUCUGUCAUCACUGUCGAUGGCGGCGAUCCUGCUCGCUCGCAAGCUGCCCCAGCUGGCGACGCUCACAAUCCGGAAUUCAUACUGGCAGCCAUGGACGAUGCACAACGACAUCUUCCUGCAUCUCUCCACCUUCUCCGUCACUCGCCUCGUUGUCUUUAAUGUCAGAUUCCCGUCGAUCACCGUCUUUGGGCGCCUCGUCUGCGCCCUGCCAUGCCUGGUUGAGCUCGAAUGCACCUGUCUGAUAUUCGAGCAUGAUCACUUCCACCGCGAUGCAUUU